UUCUGUGCUGCUGCGUGGCGACUUCAACUGACGACAAACUUUAUGACAAUAUAUCAGAGAAUGACGUUUCUUUCUUAAAUAUCUGCACACUCUGAGGAGAUUUAGUUCAAACAUGCAGAACAGUGAAAUAAAACAACGGAAAAAGACUUUAGGCAACAAAGACAGAAGGACUGAAGAUGAGGAUUCGAGGCAGAAAGUGGAAAAAAACUCUUCAGAUAUGAAGAGCACAAUGCUUGUCAUGUCUCUGUGUGUUUCUGUCUUAAUGAUGUGGUUUCUUUUUCAACAGGACGCACAGUUAUCUGAUCUGAGAGAGAAAUAUGAUGAUUUGUAUAGAAAGAGCAAUAUAAUCCUGGAACUGGAAGCACAGAUGUCUCAAGUGUCAGAAAAGCUACAAGCGUCUGUGGAUGAUUAUGAUGGGCUUCUGACCGCUGUUACCAUGGUAACCAAGCUGCAACCUGUCAUCACCUUCAUCCACAACACCUCCACAGCACUGCAGGAGGAGCAGGAGGCGUCUGUGCUCUAUUAUCAAACUAUAAACAAUCGCUUACGUAAUACAACUGAAGUGUGGCAGAGAAAACUCGCAGCUGUAACCACUGACCUAAACACUUUAAAAACUGAGUCACGCUCUGUACACGCCCGCGUAACAGAACACGUCAACGAUGUAGACGCACGUCUGCACGUUCUGACCGAGCGUCUGCAGGAAGUGGAAGACGGUACGAAGAGGAACACGCGCGUUUUGGACCGCACUGAGGAGGAUGACGCUAAACACGUUCAGGAUCAUUUAGACUGGAAUUCCAGACAGGUUUCUAAACUUCAGGAGCAGAUCAAACUCCUCUACAAAUCUGGUGAUGAGCUUCAGAAAAGGCUGGAGAAGGUAACCCCACGUGCACAGCAGUGGGAGACACAACUCCCUGUCGUAGAGGAGUCAGUGCGGUCAAUGCUCAGACUCCGAGCGCAGUUCAGUGCGACUGAGACGAGGCUGCAGGAGCUGACGUUACAGGUGCAGAGGACUGAGGACGAGAUGUUGAAGACCUCGUCAGUGCUUCUCGAAGUCAAACAGGCCUUCAACACCUCGCAGGAAAUUCACAGUCAUAUGAGAGAUCUGUCCCAAGAGGAGGCUAAACAGGAGAACAGAGAUUUGGAUUCUGGGAAUGUGGAUGAUAAAAUGGACCUCGGAGAAGAAUGACGUCCCAGGACUGGACAUGAUGAUGAAUACUGUAACCUGUUCAAACUAGAGGCAGAUUUUACAGAAACCAUCAGAGCCAAGAACUGCAGACAUUGUGAUUCUACAGAGCUCCUCAGAGGAUAGGGAGGGGAUUUAUUUUCUGAAAUAGUUUUGUUUUCCCUCGCAAUAGUUUUGCACUCCUCAUGAUACCUUUAUCCAUCCCUUACAAAAAAUACAAAAAUAACCAUGGUUGAACUAUGGUAAUUGUAGAAAAAACCAUAGUAGCCACGAGAUUUACCAUGGUUUUACAACAGGACCCAUAUUUUAACAUCCGUGCUGGAACUAUAGUAAUACUGGAAUACCAGAACAUUGGUAAUACAAAUUAUAAGCAUUCUGCCAAAAAAACUAAAUUUGGUCACUGUAGUAAACCAUGGUAAAAAAAAUUUGGUAAAGGUUUUACUACAAACACCAUAGUUGAACUAUAGUUACAGUAAUAAAAACAUUUCCAAAAAAUGUAAUGAGUGAUGAAUAAAGGUAUUGUGAAACUAUUUCAGAAAAGAACUUGCCUCUAUGAUUGAAUGAAGAUUAACAAUCUAGAUGUAUGUGUCUAUCUACUGUAACAUGAUUAUGAAGUUUUGUUCAUUACAGUCGUUAUUUCACUUUUUCUUAAGUUUAGAUUUGUCUUUAACGUGUAAUAGUGAUGUAGUUACAGAACACCUAAUUUACAAAAAUAAGAUUAAUUACACAAAUCUAAUACAAAGAACCACAACGAUAAUUCUGAUGCACACUAUUGUUUCACACAAUUUGAACCAGUCAGUGGUUCUUAAAGCAUAUGUUUUAAUCUGAUCCCCCUCAACCGAUUCUUUUCUUUCGAUCACUUUGCGAUCAGAUUAUGGGGUGGGGAGCAACGAGUGUUUUCUUGUUUCAAGGGGGUGGCGUGACCACAUAAAAUUGAGAACCAAUGAUUUAAUGUUCGUGGUUAUAUUGUGCACAAUUCAUCAUUGCAUGUUAUGUUUGUCUUCGUACCUUUAAUCAAAACGUAAUACCUUGCUCUGCCUCUAAAAUGAACCUUGGCUGCACAGCAGGGAAGAUGUUGUUAACCAAACGUCCAUUUUCCAUUUGAUGUGGGCUUUAUCCAAUUUCUCAAAUUUGCACCAAACACAAGGAAACUAAGGCAAACUCAUUUGACAUCUAGUCAGAUGCAUCCCUGCAACUCCCACAACUUGCCAGAGGUCAUGACCUCCAGUCCUCAUGUCAAUUAUAUUUGACCUGUAUGAGACUGAAUCCUUUGGGUGGAUAUGUACACAGUCUUAAGUACUGAUUCUCAGCUGUAAUUCUCAGCAUUUCUUCAACUUUUCUUGUUAUCCGUUACAUUGAACAUCUGUCUCUAUAUAUUACUUUUCUCUUUUGGAUGUUGUCUUUGAUUCGAUUCAUGUUGACUCUUGCCCUGGAUUUGGUAUUGUAUUAUGUGUACUAGAUAUUGUUUCAAUAAAACACAAAGAUGGAUUAAUUUUGACCAUUGAUUAACUUGAGGUCAAAUUAUCAACCUUUUAAAUUAGACUGCAUGUCAUUAAGAAUGAUUGUAUUUAUGAGAUGAGUGCACAGUAACUUCUCAGAAGGAUUGAAAGGACCA